UUGUUUUUGAGGUUAAGUUCUGUGUUAUCAUUUUUCUUAUAAUUCGUUCUUUUUCGAAAAAUUUAAAAUUAUAGAAAUUUUUAAACGUUUAUCCAAAAGUAUAAUGGCAGGCGAUGAUUCUUGGAGAAAUAAUAUAUUUAAUCAAUUGCAAGAGCGAAAUCGUCAACAAGCGCACUGUUUCCAAGAUUUAAUUUUAUUACACAAUAAAAUAUUUGAAAAUGCGAAUACGUUAAAAUAUGAAAAUAUUCAAUUAUCAAUACAAAAUGAAAAAUUACGAUUAUCGGGCGGAACCGCGGGAAACGGAUCGACAGGAGAUGCAGAGAAAAUUCAACAUUUAGAACAAAAAUUAUUAGCUCAACAAGAAGAAUUGACUGAGUUACAUCGACGUAAAGGUGAAAAUUCUCAACAAAUUAUCGAUUUAAACAUUAAACUACAAGAAAAGGAAAAACAGCUACAGGCGCGUGAAGUUAGUUUAGCGGAUAGUAAAACUAUUAACAUGUCUUUAAAGGCUGAAAUAAAUAUGUUAACAAAUAAUAUACGAGAAUUAGAACAAUUAAAUCAAGUGUUGCGUGAUGAACAUCAAGCGUUACAAUUAGCAUUUGCUUCAUUGGAAGAGAAGUUACGAAAUUCACAAGAUGAAAAUCGACAGUUAUUGGAGCGAUUAAUACGUUACAAAGCAAAAGAUGCGGAUAAAAUGAAUGAAGAAAAUGAAAAUUUUGUCAAUGAGGGUGCUACAAGUCCUACAGCUUUUUUGAUCCAGACACUUGGUAUUUUUGGAAAACGUCAACAAAAAAUGCAAAAAGAAUUAGAAGAAGCUGCAAAAGAUACACGAAAUAUAUCACCUGAUCGACCGUUACAAGAGGGUGGUACAUCGUUUACCAUAUUACCAACGAAAAUAUCGUCUGUGUUCGAUGCACACGACGGGGAAGUGAAUGCUGUACAAUGGAGUCCUGUCGACCGUUUAUUAGCGACUGGUGGUGCUGAUCGGAAGGUUAAAUUAUGGAAUGUUUCGAAAGGUGGAUCACAUGAAAGUAAGGGUGUUUUAGAAGGAAGUAAUGCCGCUGUAACAUCAGUGGAUUUUGAUUCUACGGGAUCGUAUGUUUUGGGUGCUUCAAAUGAUAUGGCAAGCAGAGUCUGGACGGUUUCUGAUCAACGAUUAAAGCACACAUUAACUGGUCACUCAGGGAAGGUUAUGGCAGCCAAAUUUUUGGGUGAACCAACCAAAGUUGUAUCUGGAAGUCAUGAUCGUACAUUAAAAAUAUGGGAUUUGCGUAAUAGAAGUUUGGUAAAUACGAAAUUUGCUGGAUCAUGUUGUAAUGAUCUAGUAAUCUCAGAUUCAGCGGGUUCAACAAUCAUUAGUGGACAUUUUGAUAAGAAAAUACGUUUUUGGGACAUUCGAACACCAAAUUGUAUCAACGAUGUUGCACUUCAAGGAAAAGUUACCUCAUUAGAUCUUUCUCGCGAUGCCAAUUACUUAUUAAGCUGUGUUCGAGAUGAUACACUAAAGUUAUUGGAUUUACGAAAACAUCAAAUUAUUGGAACAUUUUAUUCUGAUGGUUUCAAAGUAGGCUGUGAUUAUACACGAGCUGCAUUUAGCCCGGAUGGACAAUACGUUGCAUGUGGAUCGGCUGAUGGAAGUGUAUACAUAUGGAAUGUUACAACAAAGAAGGAAGAAGUAGUACUCAAAGAUCACGGAUCCUCUGGCGUAUUCUUCAGGUCAGCGGUAACGGCUGUUGCAUGGAAUCCAUAUGGCACAUAUCUAGCAUCUGUAGAUCGUACCAAACGUGCCAUUAUUUGGGGUGAUGUAUAGCAGUUAGAAGAUUCCAUGAGCCGUCCAUAAUGAUUGAAUGCCAGUUUUCUCAACACACAAAACUUCAUCUACACUAUUAUUAUUACCACUAUUUUUUUCUGUUACUUUUUUUGAAUUUUGUCAAAAAUGGGGCUUCCUUUAAGUUCAAAACGUUAUCGGAUUUAUUCUGUGUGUCUUGUGUUACACAAUUUUAUGAACAAUACUCCUUAAGGAUAUAUGUUUCUGGUCAAAUUUAAUUAUUAUAUUUUCUAGAAUU